AUGGAUAUUUUGAUUACAAGGUGUGAUGGGAAAAAUGCUGAUGAUUUCCUAUUAAACUUGAUCACAAGAUUGGAGGGGAAAUUGUUAACUCAUCAUCUGACAAUGCCAAAAAGAACUGAACAGGAUUGUGAAACUUAUAUGGGGAUUGGAAGAGUGUCUAAUUAGGCUGUGCAUCGAAGGAUUGAUCUGAAACUGUAUCCAAAAGAACAGUAUGGUUGUGCAGUUUUAUAUUUCACUGGGUCUGAUCAUUACAAUAGAAGCAUGAGAUUGUGGGCUCAAAAAAACGGAUAUACUUUGUAAGGUGCUCAUAAUAAGAAGUUGUGGAAAGGAGAAGUAAUACCAUGUGAAGAAGAAAUGGAUGUGUAUAAGAUUUUAGGAUUGAAAUACAAACCUCCCAAGGAGAGAUCGGUAUGA